AUGAAGAUCGUGGUUCUUCUCUCCGUCACAACGAUAUUUGUUGUUUCUUGUUUGGCUACAUUAGCAUAUGCAUCAGAUCCCAGCCCUCUCCAAGAUUUCUGUGUUGCCGUUAAAGAUGAGGAUGCAGCUGUUUUUGUGAAUGGGAAGGUCUGCAAGAACCCUGAUAUGGUUGUGGCCGAAGAUUUCUUUUUUCCGGGCUUAAACAAGCCUGGAAAUACUUCUAAUCUUGUUGGAUCAAGAGUCACUCCUGUUAACGUAAACCAAAUUCCAGGUCUGAACACUUUGGGCAUUUCUGCUGUUCGUAUAGACUAUGCACCAAACGGUUUGAACCCGCCCCACACUCACCCACGUGCCACUGAGAUUCUAUUUGUGAUGGAAGGCACUCUUUAUGUCGGCUUUGUCACGUCAAAUCCAGCUGACCUCGCCUUGAAAAACAAGCUCUUCACAAAGUAUUUAUACCCUGGGGAUGUUUUCGUCUUUCCAGAAGGUUUGAUACAUUUUCAAUUUAACGUUGGAAAGACCAAUGCUGUGGCAUUUGCUGGUCUGAGCAGCCAAAAUCCAGGUGUCAUUACUAUUGCGAACGCAGUAUUUGGUUUGGAUCCACCAAUUAAUCCAGCUGUCUUGACUAAGGCAUUUCAAGUUGAGAAGAAUGUGAUUGACUAUCUUCAAGCACAGUUUUGGACGAACAUCGACUAAACACGCAGAGUUGGUAUAUAAGAAUCUUGUGUUGCUAAUAAAUGAUAUUGUCUUAAAUAAAUUCAUAGGACUCGGGUUGGUAUUCUUUGUACUUCUGUAAUGAAUAAAUAAUAUGAUUGAUAUUUAAUUGAUUUAAGUGAGUGACCCUUUCAUCUUUAUUCACUUGAAUCUAGCUUAGUUAACACUUUAUCCCUAAUUGUCCAUAGUUGAUGAACCAAUUUGAAGAUAAGUAAUUAAACUUAACACAGGAGAGCACAUGCACGGUUGAACAAAUCAAUAUCUAAUUGAAUUCCUCAUAAAAUGAACAACCUUGCAUAA